CUACAUCUGUGUUGACUUCACAUAGGCACCUUUCUUCUUGUGAUUUUCCAUCACUGUGGUGCAAUGUCUGCAAAUAAUCAGGAAGCAUUUACUGAUACAGUACAGAUUGUUUUAAUCGGUGCUUCGGGCUCUGGUAAGAGCUGCUCUGGAAACACAAUAUUGGGCCAAAAACUGUUUGCAUCAGAAGCAUCUGCAAUGUCUGUGACAUGUGAAUUCCAAAUGAUGGAAGAGAUAAUCAAAGGCUGGCAGGUUAAAAUAAUGGAUACUCCAGGCUGGAACUGCACUGAACUCACUAAAAAUGAUGCCAUGCUUGAAAUAGUACAGGCUGUACGAUGUCUUGAUGGACCUUACUCUUUUCUCCUUGUCAUACGUGUUGGCUCUAUGGAAACUGAAGAAGAACUUAAUCAAAUCUAUGAACUUAAAAAGGUCUUUGGACCCUCCUUUAUGGAUCAUACUACAAUCCUGUUUACACGCAGUGAUGACCUUGAGGGUAAAUCUUUUAAGGACUUCAUUAGGGAAGGAAGUAAAGAGUUUCAUAAUCUAUUAAAGCAAUGUGGGGACAGAUACCACUGCUGGAACAACAGAGAUAAAACACCUGUUGAUGCAGUGGAAAGGUUACUAAAGGAUUUAAAAAAGACAGAGCUGAGAAACACAUGCUCCCAAGCAAACCAUAUAGAAGAAAACCCUUCUGGUUUUUCCUCUUAUGGCGAUCAGCAAGAAAAUGUAGUGACUGCUAGCAAGAGAUCAAAAAAUGCAAUAGACUCAGAAAAAUGUAUGUAUGGAAAUCCCAUCAGAGUUUUAUUUCUUGGAAGAAACAGAGUGGGAAAGACGUCAAGCAUCAAGACCCUUCUCAGGAAAUGUGAACAGUGUAAAAUCAGAGAAGGCUCAAUUUCUGCACGGACUACCACUGGCCUGACUCUGAAACUGGUAGAAUCUCCUGUCUUUGAUGAUAAUGUGGAACAAAUCCAGAUGGCCAUCUCAAAAUCACUGUCUGACUGCUGUCCUGGACCUCAUGUCAUUAUUAUAGUGCUCAACAUUGAGCGAUUCACUCUAGCUGCAUAUACAGCCAUGAAACAUGUACAAGAUUGUCUUGGAGAAAAUGCCAAAAAACACACAAUGAUUCUCUUCACUGGAGCAGAUAAUUUGGAGGGUAAACCAAUUGAAAUCUUCAUUCAGGAGAAUCAGCAACUCAGUGAAUUAGUGAAAAUACAUAAAAACAGAUUCCAUGUGCUCAAUAACAGAGACAUCAGGAAUGAGAUUCAAGUGAAUGAACUCCUGAAGAAGAUUAACGACGUGUAUGAACAAAAUAAUAAAGAAUUUUACACAAAACUACGAAAAUCUCCGGAUUCUGAUCAACAAAAAGGAAUGGCCUCUGCAAUGAGCAGCUCAGAUCGUAAUGUAAAAGCUCCAACAACAGGCAUUAUAAAAACAAUCAAGACAUACCUGGGCAUAUAAGUAGCUUGGCUUCAUAUUAUACAAGCAGAAGAUGAAGAGUAUUUACAAAAUAUUGCAGUUAUUCCUGAAAUAUCAUAAAAACACCUGAAGCAGAGUUUUUUCUAAUAAUAACUGACACUUGGUCUGGUUAUGUGUUAUUUACUAUAUAUUGCUACAUGUGCUUGUUCCUUUUUGUUGUAUGAUUACUUUUUUAUUGUAAACCAAUGUUUAUUGCACAUUACAUAUUAGUGCUCUCUGAAAAUAAUUGUGUUGUUAUUUCAAACCCUAUAUUCUAUCCAGCCUUGUGUUCAAAUGCAAAAGAAUUCUGCUUUGUUCUUCUAUCUCUUUCACUCAGUUUUUCUACUCUGAUAUAAACCAUCUAGACAUAUUAAUUACCUUUUUUCUCGUAAACCAUUGUUUAUUGCACUUUCUUGUAUUGCUCUAUUAUUAGAUGUUAUUCUGUAUAAUUAGAUAUCAUGACUGUAUUGGUUAUAGUUUUCCUGCUUGUCUUGUGAUUAGUGUUUGUAGAUUCCUAAAACUAAUAAGACAUAUGAUUCAGCGAUUCUUUCUGUAUUUGGAGACAUCUCAAUAAUCAGCUAUAAU